UCCUGUCUUGUCGUUGCAACACCCAACUGCUUUACUCCCUUCCCCUCCCACCUCUUCUUUAAUUUUCUUCGCCGGGCUCAGGCCCCGGUUCUGGCCUUCGGGGUCUGAGACCCCAUGGGACCAGGGUGUGGUCUUUAUCUGAGUCUCAACCCUUAAGUCCCCUACCCAAGGCCUGGGCUCCUCUUGGGACCUCCUGACCCACUCGUCCCGGACUCUGUCGCUGCUACUCCACCUGCUGCCUCUGCCUGAGCCCUGAUGGGGGAGUGAGAGGCCUCAGCUGGCCGGACAUGGGCCACCCCACCGUGCCUGGCCUGCUGCUGCCACUGGUGCUCCUGAUUCUGGUGGCAGAAAUAAACUCCUCAUGGGUUAGUGCACUGGUCCCUCACUCCAGGGACCGGGAGAAGAGAGAAAGCCAGUGUCCUCAGGGAAAAUACCCCCACUCUCAAAAUAAUUCCAUUUGCUGUACGAAGUGCCAUAAAGGGACCUACCGGUACAAUGACUGUCCAGGCCCAGGGCUGGACACGGACUGCAGGGAGUGUGAAAACGGCACCUAUACUGCUUUGGAGAACCACCUCAGGCAAUGCCUCAGCUGUACAAUAUGCCGAAAAGAAAUGGACCAGGUGGAGAUUUCUUCUUGCGCAGUGGACCGGGACACUGUGUGUGGCUGCAGGAAGGAACAGUACCGGAAAUACUGGAGUGACACUCAUUUCCAGUGCAUAAACUGCAGCCCCUGCCUCAAUGGCACGGUGCGAGUCUCCUGUAGUGAAAACCAGGAUACCAUAUGCUCCUGCAACGCAGGGUUCUUUGUAAAAGACAACAAGUGCAUAUCCUGUGCUUACUGCAAGGAAGACACGGAGUGCACGAACUUGUGCCCCAUGACUGGUGGACUCAUUCAGGCGCCUCCGGACCCAGCCACCACAGUGCUGUUGUCCCUGGUGAUCGUCUUUGGUGUUUGCCUUUUAUUCGUCUUCUUCAUGGCUUUAAUAUGCCGAUCCCCACGCUGGAAGACCAAGCUCCACUCCAUUCUUUGCAGGAAAAUCCCAUCUGAAAAACGGGGGGAUCCAGAACACCAGGCCUCGGGCUCAAAUUUCAACCCCCUUCCAAACUUCAGUCCCUUCUCCAUCUCACCACAAUGUCUCACCUCCCUUCCGGACAUACCUAGAGUUCCAUCACCGCCGGAAGAGACGGGCCCAGGCCACCAGGAAACUGGCCACCUUCUCACAGCACUUCCAGCCAAUUCCAUCCCCAUCUAUACCCCGCGCCCAGAUGCAGACCCAGCGAUGCUGUAUGCUGUGCUGAACUCCGUGCCCCCAUUGCGCUGGAAGGAGUUCGUGCGGCGGCUGGGGCUGAGUGAGCACGAGAUCGAGCGGCUGGAGCUGCAGAAUGGACGCUGCCUGCGGGAGGCGCACUACAGCAUGCUGAUGGCCUGGCGCCAGCGCAUGCCCAGGCGGGAGGACUCGCUGGCCCUGCUGGGCCAAGUGCUCCGUGACAUGGAGCUGAUCAGUUGCCUGGAGGAAAUAGAGGACGCUCUGCGUGGCCGCGCCUCCCUCUCACCGCCUCCCUCUCACCGGAGCCCCACUUUCUCUCAUGAGGCCACGCCCCCUGGGAGGGGCCUGCCUUGACAACCGCUGUUUCCUGCCCCACGGUCCCUGAAGGACCUUGCAAGAUGUCCCCUGGACCUCUUUUUAUUCUGGAAAGGAGGGUCUUGGAGGGGCUGGCAUGAGCUGGCAGCCACUUACUUGGUGCUACUCCCUCAGUGUGCAUAGUUUUCUCAGCUGUCUGAACACUGCCGGAGGGUCAGCUGUGCGUGUGCGUGUGCGUGUGCGUGUGCGAGAGAGACGAGAGAGAGAGAGAGAGAGAGAUGGGAGGAGAAGGGAUGUAGAUAUGUACAGAUGUGGUGUGUGUGAUAGUGAAAGAGGCUGUGUGUGCCAGGAGCCCAAGCUGGCGGUUGUAGGGAUAAGAGGUGCCAUGGUUCAUUGCCUGUUUUAGGCCUGGAGGACCCAGCAAGGAGCUUUAGGGGCCCCUGAGCCUUUUUAACAAUAGAUAAGCAAUCUUCGUAUCACUUACGUUAUACUAAUAGAAACUUGGCUCUCCUUUCUUCCCUGCCUGGGCAAGCACAGUAAGCCGAACGGUCCCAAACAGGGACAAGCACAAAACACUGGGGCCUCCAGCUGGAGCUGUGGACUUUUGUAAAUACACUAAAACUGGAGGAUUAAAGCUGUGCUCCUGGAA